CGCCCGCCUUCCCCGCCGCCCAAGCGCCCAGGCUGCGGCCGCCCGAGAGUCACUUGUCUGGAAACUCGCAUGAAUUGGUGCAAUCAAGAAGAGUGGUGAUUUCUCACAACAUGGAUAAAGCCCUGAAAGAAGUGUUUGACUACAGCUAUAGAGAUUACAUCCUGUCCUGGUAUGGGCAACUCAGCAAAGAUGAAGGGCAGCUGUACCACUUGCUCUCUGAAGAUUUCUGGGAAAUUGCCAAACAGCUGCGACAGAGGCUGAGUCACAUUGAUGUAGUUAAAGUUGUCUGCAGUGAUGUAGUGAAAGCUUUACUUGCGCACUUCUGUGACCUUAAAGCAGCCAAUGCCAGGCAGGAAGAGCAGCCAAGACCUUUUUUAUUGCACCCAUGCCUGAGGAACUCUGAUGAAGAAGUAAGAUUCCUGCAAAAAUGUUCUCAAAUUCUGGUGUGUUGCCUCCUACCCUCAAAGGAUGCCCAGUCUCUCAGCUUGCGCAUAGUCCUUGCAGAAAUACUUGCAACAAAAGUACUGAAGCCUGUGGUAGAAUUGCUGAGUGAUCCAGACUACAUCAACCAAAUGCUGCUCAGCCAGAUGGAGUACAGAGAACAGGUGAAUGAGCAUCACAAGAAAGACUACACAUAUGCUCCUUCCUAUGAGGAAUUCAUCAAACUUAUCAACAGCAACGCUGACAUUGAAUUCCUGAAACAGCUAAGGUAUCAGAUUGUAGUGGAAAUAGUUCAAGCAACCACAAUCAGCAGCUUUCCCCAAAUGAAGAGACAGAAAGAUACUAAAGGUAAAGAGACUGCUGCCAUGAAAGCUGACCUCUUGAGGGCCCGCAAUGUGAAGAGGUAUAUUAAUCAGCUGACUGUGGCAAAAAAGAAAUGUGAAAAGAGAAUAAGACUUCUUGGGGGUCCUGCUUAUGACCAGCAGGACGAUGGUACACCUGACGAGGGGGAUGGCCCUCCAAGCCAGAAGAUUCUUCAGUUUGAGGAUAUUUUGGCCAAUCCGUCCUACCGAAAACACUUUCGUGUAUACAUGGAGAGGAUGGAUAAGAGGGCUUUAAUUAGUCUUUGGGAAUCUGUGGAGUAUUUGAAGAAUGCUAACAAGACUGAAAUACCUCAACUGGUGAGUGAAAUUUAUCAAAAAUUUUUUGUGGAAAGCAAAGAAAUCCCUGUGGAAAAAUCACUUUACAAAGAAAUACAGCAAAGCCUUGUGGGUAAUAAAGGCAUUGAGGUAUUCUAUAAAAUUCAGACUGCUGUUUAUGGAACACUGAAGGAUAGAUACUACCCCUCAUUCAUCGUCAGUGAUUUGUAUGAGAGGCUGAUUAAGAAAGAAGAAGAAAGAAGUGCUGUUCAACUAACUGCUGAGGACAAGCAUGGAGUGAGCCAGAGUUGUGAAGAAACUAUUGAUGAAUGCAGCACAAGAAUUAAUGAACAGGCCAGUUACGCUGUAAAUAAACUUCGCCAGCUAAAUGACAAACUUGAAUAUAAGAGACAGGCUCUAAAUUCCAUAUGUAAUUCACCAAAACCCGACAAAAAGAUUGUUUCAAAGUUGAAGGAUGAAAUCACUCUUAUGGAGAGAGAGCACAGUGACCUUCAGCUACACAUUGCAAGAACAGAUUGGUGGUGUGAGAACCUUGGCAUGUGGAAAGCUUUCAUAAAGGCAGGGGAGGUUGUAGAAGAGAAUGGGGAGCAAGUGCCCUGCUACUCUGUCAUGGUGAGUUUACAAGAAGCUGGUGGAGCUGAAACUAAGAACUGGACUGUUCCCAGGAAGCUCAGUGAGUUUCAAAAUCUACACCGGAAACUCAGUGAGUGUUUUCCUUCAUUAAAGAAAGUUCAGUUGCCUUCUCUCAGCAAACUGCCCUUCAAGUCUGUAGAUCAGAAAUUCAUGGAGAAGUCUAAGAACCAGUUAAAUAACUUUCUACAGAAACUUCUUUCCGAUGAACGAUUAUGUCAGAGUGAAGCACUUUAUGCCUUUUUGAGUCCUUCCCCCGAGCACCUCAAGGUUAUUGAUGUGCAGGGAAAGAAAUCUUCCUUUUCACUCUCAUCAUUUCUUGAGAGAUUUCCUGGUGAUUUAUUUUCUCAUCAAGAGGAGGAAAUAGAAGAGGAUAGUGACCUGUCUGACUAUGGAGACGAGGUGGAUGGGAAACGAGAUGCUCUUGCUGAGCCAUGCUUCAUGCUGAUUGGAGAGAUUUUUGAGCUGCGAGGAAUGUUCAAGUGGGUCAGAAAGACAUUAAUUGCACUAGUACAAGUCACUUUUGGAAGAACUAUCAACAAACAAAUACGUGACACAGUAAAUUGGAUUUUCAGCGAGCCAAUGCUUGUUUACUACAUCGGUGUGUUCCGAGAUGCUUUCUGGCCAAAUGGAAAACUGGCACCUCCAACAAGAUCCAGAAGCGACGAGCAAAGCCAGGAGACCAAACUGAGAGCACAGCAAAAACUACUUGAAAACAUUCCAGAUGCUCUGCUGAACCUGGUUGGACAACAAAAUGCACGUCAUGGUGUAAUCAAAGUGUUCAAUGCAUUGCAAGAAACAAAGGCCAACAAGCAUCUACUGUAUGUCCUGCUGGAACUGCUGCUAAACGAACUGUGUCCUGAGCUAAAAGAUCACUUAGAGCAGCUUAAAGUGGCCUAGGUUUGAAUCUGCACAAGUGGACCACAAAAUAAAUGUCUAUGUGUAAUAAUAGACAUGAAACUUAUUUUCCUCUUUUCCAGAGGACCAACUGAGGACUAUUGAUUAUUUUUAGGGUUUUUUUCUCUAGGUUUAUGUGAAGUAAACAGAUUUGAAAAGAUCUGAUGCUGUAGUAGGGUAGAAAAACAAUGCUGUAUAGUUGCCAGUUUUUAUUUAAAUUGUUAUAUUUGAUUACUUUUUUGUUUAAAAUACAGAUUGAAAUGUAAAUGUUAACAUAAGCUAUACAAAUCUAGGAAAUAUUUUAAACAUUUAUGAAAAAAGUUUUGCUUAAUUAGUGGUAAACCAAUGAAUGUUGUACAGUUAAUUUCCUCAUUGAGGAUUUGAACAUUCCUUUAUUUUUGUGCAUUGAAGAGCCUUGUUGUGCAAUACUGUAUGUAAAGUUAUUGUGAAAAUUUUAUCUAUUUUAUUUUUACCAAAGAUUUCCCAUAGUUUAAAGCAUUUGUAAGCAAUAAAUAAUGAAAUGGGAUUGCAGUACGUGAUGUUAGGCUGUACUAGUAGCUAGUGAAGAGACAGGACAUUGACUAGUCUUACAAGGAAUAUUUACAUUGCACUGAAGUCUGUGUCUAGCACGCAUAACAAAUUGGGGCAUCACUCUAAUGCAUUUGGUUUGCUCAGAGAUUGGUGAUUAUAAAUUGCUCAUUUCCUUGUUUAUUUGAUACUCAAUUAAACCACUUUAACUGCACUCUGA